GUUCCAAUUCACCGGCAUUUAUGACCUUAAAGCUUUCGAUGGAGCAUGCAUGUUGAAGAAACCAAUUUUUGCCUCAUUUUUGUGCUAGUCUAGUAGAGUUUGAGUAUUUUAGAGAGACUGUGCAACGUGUCUCCACUGGACUACCAAAAACAAUGCUUCACUAGACGUUUGAUUGAGGAUAUCCUUUAGAGACGGGAUUGUUUUCCUUCACACUUUCCUGAUUGUGGUGGGCUAAUGAGUGAAAGUGAGCAGUUCCCACAGAGGUCCUCCAGACUAGAUUUUCAGAAAAGUACUUUGAAAGAACUCUCUGGAAUAUAUACUAAGGAACGAUGUGCCUUUUUCAACUGGAUUUCUGUGUAUUGACUAAAAACAUCUAAAAAAGAGAAGAAAAAAAUAACAAUGCCGAGAAGAAAAGCCAUUCAUGUAGCUGUUUGGGUAGCAUGUGGAAUAUUGAGUACCGUGGUGGUAGACACACAGAAAUGUAACAUUAAAGUCGUGAAGGCCAUUUCUACCACAGACUCAAUACACAUUACGCUGAAUAAUGAAGAUGUGAAAUGCCAAUACACAGUUUCUGUCAGGGACAGACACAAUGACUCAAAAGACUGUCAUCAAGACCAGGAACAUUUGACACAUUUUGAGUGCAAAACUGAGAAUUUAGAUCCUGGAACGUGGCAUCACCUAGAUAUAAUAUCAAAAGUGGAUGAAAAACAACAGACUCAACACACUGUCUCCCUGCCAACGAGACCUUCAGCCGUGGAAAAUCUUUGGGUUGCUGGAGAUACAAACAGCUUGGAAGUUUCAUGGCAGCCUGGUCCAGGCAAAUCAGAGCGAUACUGGAUCAUGCUUACAGACAGCAGUGGUAUGGGUUCGAUCUGGAAUGCAACAGUUGUUAGCACAGCCACCUCAUACACAAUAAAAGGGCUGAUUCCUGGACGACUCUACAAUAUCACUGUAAUUACAGAGGUUGGAGAGCUACAGAAUUCAGUGUCUAGACAAGCACAAACAGUACCAGCUGCUGUCUCUAACCUCAGAGUGGAGAACAAUGGCAACCAGAAAACCCUCAGAGUUCUGUGGGAUAAAGCCUCUGGUGAUGUGGACAGUUACCUUGUUAAUCUGACAUUACAUGGUUCAAACUCUUUUGAGAAAGCCAUGUCCCCUAAUAGUACAGAUGUAGUGUUUGACAGUCUGAGUCCUGGAAAGACCUACCAGGUGUCAGUCAGCACCAGGAGUGGAACACUUUCUAAUAAGACAUGGAUCACAGUCAAAACUGAACCAGGAAAGGUGUCAGAUCUGGUGAUGGAGAACCUGUCUAAUCGUGGCGCACUAAAGAUCACUUGGACGCCCCCUUCCGGGGAAUGGGAGCACAUCCGUGUGGUGCUUUCAAAUGGAAGUGAAAUCCUUGCUAACCAAACUGUGGACAGAAUGGCAAAGGAAAUACUCUUGUCAUGGUUAAAUCUGCAGCCUGGCAGAGUGUACAGCAUGGCAAUCAGUGUAGAGAAUGGAGGCCUGGCUAAUACAGUCUAUUACGAGGAGGAAAUAGGUCUUCCGCCAGUAUCUCAAUUGCACAUCCGUCACUCAGACGAGACCUCCCUAAGCGCUCUGUGGACUCACCCCUUUGGCUCAUCAUCCCGCGAUGGCUACAUUGUACAGCUUUUUCAAAGCAACACAUCUACAGCUAUUCAUACACGAACCCUGAGUCGUGACAUGAGAGAGUGCACGUUUAAUGUCCUCACGCCUGGUCGCCUGUACGACAUUACUGUAACCACUACCACAAAGAACCUGCGUGGUUCUGCUACAGUAAAGGGAAGAACAUUGCCUUUAAAGGUGAAUCACCUGAAACUAAGUAACAAGGGAAAAUCAGCUAGUCUGAAUGCAAGCUGGGAGAAACCAUCUGGAGAUCUGGAUUUCUACAAUUUAGCUCUGUUAUGGAUCGGACAGACAGUGCACAACGUUUCUGUUUCAGCAAACACAACCUCCACCCUGCUUCCCUUCCUCAGACCUGGUGCUUUACACAGAUUACUAGUUACCACUGUCAGCGGAUCACAGACUUCCAAACUAGCUGAGGCCGAAUGUCGUACAGUGCCCGCUGCGGUUUCUGACAUUACUGUAACUAACAGCGGUCCAGAUUUUCUGAAUGUGUCGUGGAAGGCAGCAGAAGGAGAUGUGGACAGUUACAUGGUGAUGCUAAAGGACCAGGAGAAGAUCGUACACACUCUCGCUGCGUCUAAAGCAACCACCGAGUGUGUGUUCAGGAGUCUAGUUUCUGGCCGACUGUACACCAUCUCCAUUACCACACACAGCGGCAGUUACAGAAACCAAACACUUGUACAGGAGAGAACACAGCCGUCCACAGUCCAAAACCCCACCGCCAUCCACUCAGCCAGAGAUGACUUUCUAAAGGUUUACUGGAAUCAUGCAUCUGGGGAUUAUGACUAUUACGAAGUGGCGAUCGGGUAUAACAGCACACGUCUUCAAAGUCAGAAGCUCAAUAAGACACAAAGUGAAUUUGAGUUCAGUGAUCUGGUUCCAGGACGUCUCUACACUGUGACCAUCAGCACCUGCAGUGGCCAGUACAACUCUACUGUCUCUAUACAUGGCCGAACAUUCCCGGGUGCUGUGGGUAAUUUGUCCCUAACAGAGUAUGGAACCAGUUUUCUGAGGGUGAACUGGACGUCUGCUCCAGGAGAUGUCGAUAACUAUGAGGUUCAGAAUCUCUUCAAUGACACACAGGUGUCACCAGCUGUGCAUCUGAGCAGUACAGUUAGGGAACACCUGUUCUCCGAGCUCACACCUGGUCGGCUCUACAAGAUUGUGCUGUCUACUCACAGUGGAUCAUACCAGCGUGCAGAGAUCCUUGAGGGCCGCACAGUACCCAGUCAGGUUCAGGAUCUCCGUCUUGGCGCUGGCACCGCAGACAGCAGUCUCAGAGCCUCUUGGUCCUCUGGUGAUGGAGACUUGGACUUUUACUCAGUGUAUCUGUUUCAUGGGACACAUGUCCAGGACAUCAGACAUGUUCCUAAACACAUUACACAGACAGAAUUUCACAACCUGGUACCUGGUCAACUGUACCCUGUUACUGUGCAGUCGGUCAGUGGAACGCAGACAAACAACAGUACAACUAGUGGCAGAACAGAUCCCUCCACAGUCACCAACCUGCGGGUAGAUAAUGAACUCAGCACACACAAUCUGUUAGUGAGCUGGACGGCAGCUGUGGGUGUUUAUAAUGGUUAUAGUCUACAGUUACUAGAUGAGAGCGAAAGAGUGAUCGCCAGCGUUUCCGUGCCCGCUACUAACAACCACCACCUGUUUAAAAAUUUAACUCCAGGAACUUGGUAUAAAGCACAUGUUCAGACACUUAGUGGCACUGCCACAAGCAAGGACAUCACUGCUGAGGGACAAACAAGUCCAGCAGCAGUGACCGGGCUACACAUAUGCUCCAACACCAGCACUGAACUUUCAUUCUGCUGGACUGCACCGGAGGGCCAGGUGGACGAUUUUGAUCUGUAUCUGUACGAUCAGAUUGAGACAAUUCAGUCCCACAGGACACUGGGAAAAGAUGCUCUGGGCUGGUCCUUCAUGCACCUGCUGCCAGGGACACUGUAUAAGAUGAUGUUCACCAGCAGGAGAGGGAAACUGAGUAGUCAGUCGUCUAUAUGGGCGCGUACAGCUCCUGCCUCUGUCAUAAACCCCCAUGUUGAGAAUCAGGGUCAAAUGGACAGUCUUCUUCUGAACUGGAUGCGUGGUCCUGGGGGACUUACUGGAUAUUCAGUCACUAUGGAUGGCUUUGAACAGCGGUUGGGUCCAGAGAGCACGCAGGUCAUCUUUCACGGGCUGGUGGCUGGUAGGCUGUAUUCUGCUACACUUCAGAGCUGGAGUGAAGAUCUGACCAACACUACGACUGCAAUAGGGCGUACAGUUCCUGCACCACCAUCAUCAGUGUCUGUCAGCAGCUCUUCUGGCUCAGUGGAGAUAAAGUGGCAUGUUCCAGAUAGAGGAGACUAUGAUGAUUUUGAAGUGACAUGGUUUCCUCAGGAGACACUUAAUGUUUCUGGACGUCAUCCCACUCAGCGUAUACUGGAAGGACUUUAUCCAGGGCGGCUCUAUAAUAUCAGCCUUCGAACUGUCAGUGGGACGACAUACGGCCCUGUGACCUACAGUAGUCCUGUUUACCACACCAUCAGAACCCCUCCACAUUCAGCUCAAAGCAUCCACUGUUUCCCCCUGAGCUCCACCUCUGUCUCCUGCUCCUGGGCACCCCCAGAGUCCGAUUUCGACUCUUAUGUUGUGGAAUGCCGCAAACAAGGGUCCAGGAUGCCGGUGUACACAUACACACUUGAACACGAUGCUCUCUCGCAGCAAUUUGACAGGCUGGAACCCUUUAGAAACUACACCAUCUACAUCACAGUGUUGUCUGGAGACAAGCAGAGUCCAACCACAAAAACCAGCAUUAUCACUAUGAUCGACAGGCCCCCUGUCCCACCGGUGACAGUACGGGUCAGUGAGCAGUCCACAGUCAUCACCCAUUUCACCAUUCUGUUUAAGUUCAACUGCAGCUGGUUCAGUGAUGCUAAUGGGGCUAUUCGUUUCUUCACAGUAAUCGUCACUGAGUCAAAUGAUGUUGAUAAUGUCCUGCCAGAGCAAAGACAUCCUUUGCCAUCUUAUCUGGACUACAGACAAAACCACUCCAUCAAAGCAUACCAGACUGGCUACUUUCACAGCCUGUGUGCCGAGAGAUCUGAUAGCAAGAUCCGUGUUUUUGAGAUAAACCUCGGAAGAGGAAUGAAACGUUUGGGGGGAGCUUGCAAAUGGGAUCCAGAAUCUAUCCAGCAUGGAACACAUUUCUGUGACGGGCCGCUCAGACCCAGAACAUCAUAUCGAUUAAGUGUUCGUGCCUUCACUCAGCUGCUUGAUGAAGAGAACAGAGAAUGUGUGCAUCCCCUUUACACCGACACAUACCUUUCCCUCCCAUUAACGACUCAAUCAGCGCCACGAAAUGGACUCACGGGAGGAAUCACAGCUGCUACGUUUCUAGUCGCCAUGGUGCUCGCUGUGACCGCCUUACUCAUUUACAGAAAGAGGGCUCACAAAAUAGCCGUGAAGGAAAGUCCUGUAAUGAAAAUGUGCAUGUGGAAGGCGCUGCCUACCUCACAGAUGUGCUCAGGCAUAAGGAGCCCAGUCCAAGCAGUCCACUUUGAGUCUCAUCUUGCUAAACUUCAAACUGAUUGCAGUUACCUUCUGUCUGAAGAGUUUGAGGGCCUAAAAGACGUGGGACGGACCCAAACUCAGAAUGCUGCACGUCUACUUGGCAACCGAAGCAAAAAUCGCUACAACAAUAUACUGCCCUACGACUCAACGCGGGUAAGACUGUCUUGCUUGGAGGAUGACCCCUAUUCAGACUACAUCAAUGCUAACUACAUACCUGGAAACAAUUUCAGAUGGGUGUAUAUUGCCACACAAGGGCCUCUCCCAGGUACCAAGGAUGAUUUCUGGCGCAUGGUGUGGGAACAAAACGUGCACAGCCUUGUAAUGGUGACCCAGUGUGUGGAGAGGGGCAUGGUGAAGUGUGAUCGAUACUGGCCAGUUGACAGUGAGCCUUUGUAUUAUGGCGAGGUUGUCGUGCAACUGCUUUCUGAGAAGAUCCUCCCAGAGUGGACCAUUCGGGACUUCAAGAUAUCAUGUGAGGGUCAGUUGAGAUACCCCAGGACUGUGCGUCAGUUCCAUUACACCAUUUGGCCAGAUCACGGUGUACCGGAAACAACCCAAUCACUCGUUCAGUUUGUGCGAACAGUCAGAGAUUACAUUGACAGGACAACUAGUCCAGGAGUCACUGUAGUACACUGCAGUGCUGGUGUGGGCCGAACUGGCACUUUCAUUGUGCUGGAUCGUGUUUUAGAGCAACUGGACAGGAACUGCACAGUGGACAUUUAUGGAUGUGUGUUUGAUCUACGCCUGCAUCGCUCAUACAUGGUACAAACGGAGUCUCAGUAUGCUUAUAUCCAUCAGUGUGUGCGGGAUGUUUUGAGGGCUCGUAAACUUCACUGUGAGCGAGAUAACCCUCUUUUCCCCAUCUACAACAACCUAUUAUAAAGAGUGUGUGUAUACAGGAUCAUGAAGAUUUUUCUCCUUAUUGAACAAGAACAGAGAAGAUGUUUUUGUUUUCAUCUAUAGUUUUAAUAGCAGUGCAUAAAGAUAUAUGCUUUAUUUUUAUACAACUUUUUCAUGAUACACUUAUGUACUUCAGUUCAUACGUAUGUUACCUCUGUUUUUAAUUAUUUAUGUUCUAUGCUAAUUUUAAUAAAUUUUAUUUAGAUUACUGGCACUUACUGGAAUUUACUAUUAAUUUUCAUAAAUGCUUAAUGCACGACAUACAAAGUGGGAACUUUCCUUCUUAAAGGGUUAGUUCACCCAAAAAUGAAAAUUGGCUUGUGUUUUACUCACCCUCGAGGCA